CCAGAAAAUAGCUCCCAUCUUCUUCCCUGCCCCUCCCUUCCCCUAGCUGCCUAUAACCUUCACCCUGUGCCACCAUCCUGCCUGCUCCCUGCUUCCCCUUCCCUGCACCAGCACUGGGAUCACAGUGCAAAACACACACAAAAAAAAACCUUAAGCCAAGAUGGCGGUCCUUAAAGUUAAAUUCACCAAGAACAAGAGGGACAAGCUGGCCCAGGUGCUCUGGGUUCUGAACUGGGUUUCCGUGGUGACGGGAAUCAUCUUGUUCAGCCUGGGCCUCUUCCUGAAGGUGGAGAUCAACAAGCAACGGGAGGUGAUGUCCGACCGGGACAUACACUCUGUGCCCAACAUGCUGAUCGCUGUGGGACUCAUUGCGUGCGGUAUUAAUUUCCUGGGCGGCAAAAUCUGCUACGACUGUGUGGACACCACCAAGUUCCUGCGCUGGAAGCUGCUGAUGCUGCCCUACAUCAUCUGCACCUUCUUCUUCACCUUCUGCAUCCUGGUGGGGGCGCUAAUGUGCUACACGAUGCGCAAUGAGCUGGAGGAGUCGCUGGACCAGGGGCUACGCGACGCCAUGCGCUACUACAAGGACACGGACAUGCCAGGCCGCUGCUUUCUCAAGCGCACCUUGGACAUGCUCCAGAUUCAGUUCCAGUGCUGCGGAAAUGGGGGCUUCAGAGACUGGUUUCAGAUCCAAUGGGUCAGCAACCGCUACUUGGACAUGUCCCGCAAGGAGGUGGUUGAUCGUCUGAGGAGUAACGUGGAGGGGAAGUACCUGAUGGACGCGGUGCCCUUCAGCUGCUGUAGCGUCUACUCCCCCAGACCGUGCAUCCAGCACCAGAUCACCAACAACUCGGCCCACUUCAACUACGACCACCGGACGGAGGAGCUGAACCUGUGGAGGAAAGGCUGCCGGGAGGCCCUGCUGGAGUACUACACCCAGAUCAUGCAGUCCAUCGGCUUGACCGUGCUCAUCAUUUGGCUCUUCGAGAUCUCCGUGCUGACCGGGGUGCGCUACCUCCAGACCGCCAUGGAGAACGUUCUGCGCCAGGGUGACCCCGACUGCGAGUCUGACGGCUGGCUGCUGGAGAACAGCUUGGUGGAGACGGCCCGCUCCAACUUCAACAUCAUCAAGAACCUGGGCAAGUGCAACCAGAUCGACACUGCUAACAAUGGUGACCCCAACAUCGACGUCCCCUCCACUGCCCACUAUGGCCCAGACAACGUCCCUCCCAAACAAAUCCCAAUGGUCAACUAACCCUCCCUCCCUGAACGCACAAAGAUGUGGGGCAACACAGGACACGGUAACCCACAGUCAAACUUCUGAAAUUGGACAACAGACAUUGCUACCUGUGAUACCUGGACAUCAGGGAAGCCACGCUACAGGCAAUGACUACACUUGUGAUUACAUUUGAGCAACGUGGUAACUAGGAAAGAAUCAUUUAUUCAGUGUUCGAUGAGUUAGAUAAUUUUUUUUAGGAACUUUGAAAUGAAAACCUAAAAAAACAGAGGCCACUCAAAAAAAUAAAUAGAGUGACCGAGUAGCUUCAACAGACUGACUGAACAGAUAUAACAUACAAUGAGCCCACUCAGUGAGGACACAAAAGAUCCAGACACAGGUGGCAUAGUGGCCUACUUACAGACAUUGAAAAUGUCAAUGUUAAGCCUGUACCAACAAGCCAGAUUUACAAAGACCUGAUGAAGUACUGCCAUACUGAACUCCUUAUAUGGCCUUCUGUGUUUUCUAAUUCUUAACUUAGUUCCCUUACAAAUGAAAAUACUUAAGUCAGAGGGAAGCUGAUUUGUUUACAUUUGAUGAAAACAAUCAAAUGGUAAAAUGUAUCAAAAUGUCACCAUGGCAAAUGCUUAAAAGAUUCAUGAGUAACACACAUUAGAGCACAGAGGCAUUGCUUUUUUCUAGGGAAAUAGUAGACAGUAAUGAUUUUGAUUGCCACAGUGGUUGAUGGAACUUGUGAUUUCAUUUCAUAAUUGUGUUUUUAGUGUGAUGUUUUCUUGAACAAAUAAGAUUCUCGAGCUGUAGUUUCAAAAGCGAAAUCUUGAUAUUUAAAACCAGACGCGUUUUCCGGAACAGAAUGGAAUGUUAGGCGAGUCAUAACACCUUCUCUUGUGCCUCAGCCUUUAGGGGCGUCCUUAAAGAAAAUAUACAGCACAUAACUGGUUUAAAAUACUCCAUUCCAAUAAACAAUCUAUAUGCCUCUAUGCAGAUUCCAACACCAUUAUCACAACAGCGCUUUAAUUAAAAUCAGACCACGCCAUUCUGACAGUAAAAUGCAAGUCUCAUCUCAACAGGUUUAAUUUCAAAAACGGCUACUUUUGUUCUUGUUUUAACGAAGCCUUCCAUGAUUUUUUACCUCGUUAACCAGGGAAGAAUGCAGGUCACGAGUUGACAUGAGAUCCACUACUUUUAAACGCAGUGGGAAUGUUCUUAAUUGUGGGAAUGACAUGGCUUUGUUGAUUGAAAUUUUUAGGAAAUAUAUUCUCACUUUUCACAGUUGGGAUAAGCUAACUUCCAUACAUCGGGAAUAGUUCACCCACGGUGCAACUUACAGGAGCUGGUAUUUUUGUCAAGUGUGUUUGCUGUUGACAUCAGAGAAUCACUGCGAAUCACAUUUUCACAACUUUGGCUCUUAAUGAGAUACAAACUGUGCUCCUUUUUAUAUCCAACUUAAACCACUGCAAAAAGUGAGCUUUUAUAUUUUCCUGCUGUAAAUACAAGAGAAUCAAUGUCUCUUUUUUUAUGAAAUGUACAACAUGAAAAAUCCAAUUAAAACAUUACAAAUUU